GGCCUUUCUUGUCAAACAUGAAUUAUUAUAACACCUUUGAGAACAGAAAGGAGAAAAAUACCCUUAAAUGACAGCGAUGUGUCAUUAGGAUAACAAUUUACUACCUAUAGACUUCGGUGGAAAUAUGAACUGAUCUGUGUGUUUCAUUCUACAAUUCCCAGCAGAUAACUAUGGACCUGGCUGAAGGACUAUUCAUUUCUUUACUUCUUCAGCUCAUAAUUUCUCUUAGUCUUUGCUCUUUUUCAUCCACAGACACCAUAAGUUUCAAUGAAUCUCUUGCAGAUGGUCAAGUGUUGGUCUCUAAUGGUGAAAGGUACACUCUUGGUUUCUUCAGCCCCGGAAAGUCAAGCAAUCGUUACCUUGGAAUUUGGUACACCAAAGUCUUGGUUCAGACUGUUGUUUGGGUCGCCAAUAGAGACAAUCCGAUCAACGAUACUUCCGGACUGCUGUUGAUCGACAGACGAGGCGAUGCAGUUCUGCAACGGGGAAGAAGAAAUAUUACUUCUGAUGCAGAGACGGUUCUAUGGAAGAGCUUUGAUCAUCCCACUGACACCAUCUUCCCAAACAUGAAGUUCGGUUUGGACCGUAAAACAGGACUGAUCAAAUCGGCUCGGUCCUGGAAGGCCCCUGACAAUCCCGCGACAGGGAACUGGUCCUAUUACUUGGACACAGACGGGGUGCCCCAGCUGAUGCUCUACCAGGGUCAGACCAAAUGGUGGAGGAGCGGCCCGUGGAAUGGAAACAAGUGGAGUGGGAUUCCUGACAUGUCUCGUACUUUCAUCUUCAACACGAGCAUCGUCAACAACGAGAGUGAAUCAAGUGUCGUCUGGGGGAUCCUGGACCCCAACAUCAUAUCGAGGUUGUACCUAGAUCCAACAGGGUUCAUGAAGCGUGCCACGUGGCAUGAUCAGGACAGUCGGUGGAUCGAGUUCUGGACCGUCCCUAAGGAGCCCUGUGACUACUAUGGACAUUGUGGACCGAAUGGGAAAUGCGAUCCUUAUGAUGCAGGGGUGUUCGAGUGCAACUGUCUUCCGGGAUUCGAACCGAGGUCCCCGAAUGAUUGGUUUUUGAGAGAUGCUACGGCCGGGUGCAUCAGGAAGCGGUCCGGAUAUAAUUCUAGUUGUGGGGGUGGUGAUGGUUUUGUGAAGUUGGACAAUGCUAAAGUUCCUGAUACGUCAACCGGGCGAUUGAUUGUUGGCAUGGAUCUAAACAUGUGCAGGCAAGAGUGUCUAAGAAACUGUUCUUGUACAGCUUAUGCAAGUUCGAAUUUGACGAGUAGAAUUGGGUGCAUAACGCUACACGGGGCCUUGAUGGAUACUAGAGUGUUUAGUGAUGGUGGGCAAGACUUAUACGUCCGAGUGGAUGCGAUUGAGUUAGCUGAGUACAGGGAAAGGUCGAAAGGACAUACGAGGAAGAAGAAGCUGUUUGCAAUUGUUUUAAGCUCUAUUGGUGUAGCCUUCAUUCUGGCAAUUUCCACUGUGUAUUGCCUGCGGAAGAGGAAACAAAUUGGAAGGAGAGGAGCAACAAAGAAUGUUUCCCCUACUACACAUUACGCUGCAGAGAAGGAAAAUUCGUAUGAAGAUGAAGACUCCUCUGUACCUAUUUUCGAUAUAAAUGACAUAUACGCUGCCACGGAAAAUUUCUCUAUGGCCAACAAACUUGGACAAGGAGGUUUCGGCUCUGUUUAUAAGGGUUUGUUGUCCAACGGACAAGAAAUAGCUGUGAAAAGAUUAUCUCAAACAUCAAGACAAGGAAUUGUGGAAUUCAAGAAUGAAGUGAAGCUAGUUUCCAAACUCCAACACAAGAAUCUAGCAAGGCUAUUUGGUUGCUGCAUUCAUGAUGACGAAAAGAUGUUGGUCUAUGAGUACUUGCCAAACAGAAGCCUUGACUUCUUCAUCUUUGAUAAAACAAAAGGCUCAAUGUUGGACUGGAAGAGACGAUUUGAUAUCAUUGUUGGGAUUGCUCGAGGCUUGAUGUAUCUACAUCAAGAUUCAAGAUUGAAAAUCAUUCAUAGGGAUCUUAAAGCUAGCAAUGUCCUACUAGAUGCUGCAAUGAAUCCAAAAAUUUCAGAUUUCGGGAUGGCUAGAUUAUUUAUGGAAGAUCAAAUGGAGGCAAAUACAAACAGAGUUGUUGGAACUUAUGGAUACAUGUCUCCGGAGUACGCAAUGGAAGGUCUAUAUUCAACAAAAUCUGAUGUAUUCAGUUUCGGAGUGCUAACACUGGAGAUUGUCAGUAGCAAAAGGAGCAACCACUUUUACCAAGAAAGUGCAUCAGUUACCCUAACUGGGCAUGUGUGGGACUUGUGGAGAGAAGGAAGAGCAUUAGACAUAAUGGAUUCUUCAACAAUGGGAGAAUCAUAUUCCACGGAUCAAGUGAUGAGGUGCAUUCAGAUAGGGCUUUUAUGCGUCCAAGAAUCAACUUCAGAUCGGCCAACCAUGUCGAAUGUUGUCUUCAUGCUGAGCAAUGCAACCACUCUGCCAUCACCCAAAAAGCCAGCAUUCGUUCUACUAAGAACAAAAGAUGAAUUCCGCUCUUCAACCGCGGCUGUCGGAUCCACAGAUCCUUCCACCAACCGUGUGUCAGUAACCACCUUGGAAGCUCGAUGGUAGAUGGAAAGCUACCAUUUGAUACAAAAAGUGUUUGUCUAUUUUUACCUGAGAGUAGCUACAUUCUACAAUUUGGAGUUAUAAAAUCAUGCAAAAUUAUGAGUACUUUAUAAUGACAACAGAUUUGUUUAUUUUUUUUAAUGUUAUAAUUAGUGCCGUUAAAGACUUGCUAAUUAUCGCUUAUUCAAAGUCCAGGGUGAUAGCUGGCAGUACAUUCUUUGGCGUAAUCUUCCAAUUUGGAGUUAACAGAUAACAUAAGAAACAAUAUUUUCAAGAAUCGGUCAAUUUUAUGCAUUAUAAAAUCAUGCAAAAUUGGUUCAUUAUGUUAAGAAAAGACGAAGUCAACGUUAAUUAGCAGGGUACAUCACCCUAUACGCCAUGGUUGUACAAGGUGUGCAAACAUACACGGAGCAGGCUAGUUGGCGCGGGACACAGUAUAAUUAUUAAUUAAUUUACUUGUUAGGAUGGAAAUUGAUACGAUAACGAUAUUUCAAUAUCAAAUACUGAAAUAAAAAAUAUCAAAUAGUCAGUGGCGGAGCCAGAAAAUUGGCCAAGGGGGUGUCUUUAUCAUAUCAUAAAAAAUCACCUAUACAAUAGAAAAGUCAACUUUAAAUUAAACAAAAAGUCAACAACGCAAUACUCUAAAUUCAUACAAUUACAUUAAAAUAGUUUCACGUACACCGGUUACAACGUCAAACAAAUAAGUUCAGUACAUACAAAUCAAGACUUCCAUUCAUCAAAUACUACAAAUUAGAACUCAGAAGUACCUUGGAAUUGAUUUUGUGAAACAAACAAGUGAACUUCAAUUGGUACUUCUUCACUUUCAACUUUAUUUAAACAAAAGAGAAGAAAUUUCUCUGUUGGAGAGCUACAAAAAAAAUGAGCGAGUUUAAACAAAAGACAACAAUUUAUUACUAUAAAUAAAGACGAAAGUGUAUUGCAUAACAAAACUCACUCAAUCGAAAUGAUAAGAAAUUCUUCCUGCAACUGAAUGGUCAUUGGUUCGAAUUUGUAUAUACCCCUACUCGAAAAAAAUUCUCAAAACCCACCCCCUCCUCUACAAGUGGCGCCACUGCAAAUAGUGUUUUAAACUAAAUCUCAAAAUAAAUUUGGUAUCCCAAUUCCAACCACUAAUAUUUUGUGGACAGUCUAUGAACGUUCAACAUUUUGGAACAUGGAGAACUGGAAGUAUUAGUUCAGUGAUGUAGCUCUCCUUUAAUAAAAUUUUGGUGUGCAUGGUUUAAAAACUUGUAGUCGGUUUUAAUAAAUAUGUUGUACACUUUAAGAAAUUUAUGGUAUGCUUUAUGAAAUUUCUAGUAUGUUUUAGAGUACUUACUAUCUAAUUAAAAAAUUUAGCAUGUUUUAUGAAUUUUAUGGUGCGGUAAGCUUCUUGUAUGUUUUAUAACCUUUAUGGUCUGCUUUAUGAUAUUUGUGGUGUAGUUUGUAGUGUUUUUGAAUUUCGUGGUAUGCUUCAAAAUACUUUGUGGAGAAGCGUAAUUUUGUAGUCAGUUUCUCCUUAAUUUUUAAUAUUGACAAGUGUACUCCUCCUUUUAUAAAUCUUCAUUAACUUGUUGUAUACCCUUUGAAAUUAAAAAGUCAUCAAGACAAAAUAUUCAUAUUCAUUGAAAUUAGUGUUGGCACUAUACUAACAAAUUGGGUGUUAACAC